AUGACCCUCAGGGAGAGGAAGGAGAAGCUCGAAAUUGGCACCUACCAAAAGGAAGUCCACGAAGAACUGCAAGCGGCAUAUGAACAGAGCAAAUUUGCCAAGUACGCGCAGGAACAAAAUUUCGAUACCUUCAUAUGGGAUGGGAAAAAAAACAGUGGAGGCUGCAUCGUGCUGGUCGAGGAGAAUCAUGUGAAGCACUGGAGGGAUGAGAAGACCAAGUCGGGAGUUGUGCACAAAGGGAUAGACGCGGUUACGUCAUUUAAGAAGUUUGUAGGGAAGGAGAUUAACCUUCAAGGGGAAGACAGUGAUGGGGGGCAAACCAUUGGGGGGGUGGAAAAACUAAAACGGUUAGUGGUGAAGGGGAGAAGCAGGAGUAGGAAAGGAUGUGAUGGGGAUAAUCUUUGGGUAUUUCCCUCUGGGCAGGAUGGCGGAGAGGACAUCCUCGAGAGAAUCGACCAGAUAAGGCACGCCAUCGCAGAGGUAAGGAGCACCAUUAGGAGGAAAAUUGACAUGCGGGAUGGUAAACAUGACUGCCCACCUGAUGACGUGAGGGAUGGGAAACAUGGCUGCCCACCUGAUGACGUGAGGGAUGGGAAACAUGGCUGCCCACCUGAUGACGUGACAGAGCUGCUUUUAAACUUUGCUCAGCUGCGUAACCAUGUUGAUGAGCUAACAACCUCAGUAGGAGCACCCGACCCCCGUUUGGGAGGGCAGGGCCAGUUGGAUGGACACCUAAAGAGGGGCGACGUUACCUCCGGGGGGGAGGAGCAACACGAACAGGGAAUAAAAAACAGUUACGUCCUUCUAGAUUGCCAACUGGACGAAAGAGAUGAAGAAACGGCGCACCAUGAGGGGUAUAUCUCCCUUAGGAAGCGAAACCUACACACGAUGCUGCAGCAGCUGCAAGCCAAAGUGGAGCAGUACGAAUGGCUGCUAACAGAAGGGUGUUCCCAUGAAAAGGGAGGUGCAGACAAAGGGCAAAGCGCUGGGCACACUCUACUAUCCAUUGCCAUGUUCCUAAACCUAUGUAUGAGUGAAAAUAUGGGGAAGCGGAUUUUAAAUUAUAUUUAUUUACAAAAGAUAGAAAUGAAGAAAUGUAGGCAGUACUUGGCAAAUUUGAAAAAGGGGAAGUCGCUUGACAUUUUUUGUUCCCAUGUUGAGUCUCUCACCAAGGGGGUCCCUCGCGAAGAAGACCCCGCCACGUUUGUGGAUAAGCUCUUUCGCAUAAAUCUGACGCCACAAAACGAGCAGGUGUUGGCGCUGUACAAGCGGCUGCUGCACAGCGAGCUGGGCGUCGACUUGAUGUUGCGCGAGGUGGAGGCGGUGAAUGGUGCAGUUGAGAGGGUAUGUCAUAAAUUGGAGGGGGGAGGCGAUAUUAGGAGGGAUUACGCGGGGUGA